AUGGCCGGACCACGGGCGCCGGCUCAGGGUCGCGCUAGCUGCCCGUCCCGGGGCCGCUCCUCUAUGCCCCGCAACUUUUCCGCCGCGAGGCUUGGCCCGGAACGGAACGCGCCGCCGCCGCGCGCGCCCGCGCCCUCGCCCGCCGCGCGCCCCGCCCCCGGCCGCCCCCUUGUGCACGCGCGCCCCGCCCCCGGACACCCCGCGAGCUUGCUGGCCCCGCCCCCUGCGCACGCUGGUCCCGCCCCCGCCAAGAGCCCGGGCAGUGGGCGUCGCUGGGCGGGGCGGUGGCGCCCCCUCGCGGCUAAGGGGGUCACCACCCAGGAGGACCAUAAAUCAGUACCAGGCAAGGCCCGGAGCCCGUGGCUGACCUUUCCUGGGGUCGUCCUCUGGAUCAAUGGCAGUGCAGCUCGCAGUUCACCCUUUCUGGCCCAAACCCAAUACCUAAAGAGAGGAGCGCAGCGCCGCCGCCCGGCCCCUCCAGCUUCCCGGACCACGGCCAACCUCGAGCGCACCUUCAUCACCAUCAGGCCGGACAGCAUGCAGUGCGGCCUGGUGGGCAAGAUCAUCAAGCGCUUCGAGCAGAAGGGGUUCCGCCUCGUGGCCAUGAAGUUCCUCCCGGCCUCUGAAGAACACCUGAAGCAGCACUACAUUGACCUGAAGGACCGCCCAGUCUUCCCUGGGCUGGUGAAGUACAUGACCUCAGGGCCGGUCGUGGCCAUGGUCUGGGAGGGGCUGAACGUCGUGAAGACAGGCCGAGUGAUGCUUGGGGAGACCAAUCCAGCAGAUUCUAAGCCAGGCACCAUUCGUGGGGACUUUUGCAUUCAGGUUGGCAGGAACAUCAUUCAUGGCAGUGAUUCAGUAAAAACUGCUGAAAAAGAAAUCAGCCUACGGUUUAAGCCUGAAGAACUGGUUGACUACAAGUCUUGUGCUCAUGACUGGGUCUAUGAAUAAGAGGUGGACACAGCAGCAGUCUCCUUCAGCACGGUGUGGUGUGUCCCUGGACACAGCUCUUCAUUCUACUGACUUAGAGGCAACAGGAUUGAUCAUUCUUUUACAGAGCAUAUUUGCCAAUAAAGCUUUUGGAAGCUGGAAAAAAAAAAA